ACAGGCACCGGCUCCCCGCCCGCCCACUCGCCCAUGCUGCCGAGCCGCAGUCAGCCGGAGCGCUGCUUCCUCCUCAGCCGCCGCCGAUGACCUCCUCGGCCGCAAGCAGCCACUGAGGAUCCCCGGCGUUCCCGCCAGGGCAGGGGAUGGUAGAUCGGCUCCCUGGAGACCCGUCCACCCUAGCCCGCCGCACAGCAGCCUCGGUUGCCGCCGCCACCGCCCGCGGGAGCCGCCGCCCGAGAGGAGCCGCAAAAUGAACCCCCAGUGCGCCCGCUGUGGCAAAGUGGUCUAUCCCACCGAGAAAGUCAACUGCCUGGACAAGUACUGGCAUAAAGGAUGUUUCCACUGUGAAGUUUGCAAAAUGGCUCUGAACAUGAAUAACUACAAAGGAUAUGAAAAGAAACCUUAUUGCAAUGCACAUUACCCAAAGCAAUCCUUCACUACAGUGGCUGAUACACCAGAAAAUCUUCGUCUGAAGCAACAAAGUGAAUUGCAAAGUCAGGUAAAAUACAAAAGGGACUUUGAAGAAAGCAAAGGAAGAGGGUUCAGUAUUGUGACUGAUACGCCUGAGUUACAAAGACUGAAAAGGACUCAGGAACAAAUCAGUAAUGUAUGUGACUGCCACCUGAAGUGAUUGUAGAUGGAGAAAUAGUGUGUCUAAGAAAAGGCGUGUUUGUUGGUGUUUCUGAUGAAGUCUGUGAGAGUGAAGAAUCUGAUUUUGGUGACCGAUUUGUGUAUGUCAGAUUUUGAAGUGUGUGUAACCUUAUGCCAUGGACUUGUACAGCACAUUGGCAAUGUGUGUUCACCUCUCCAGCUUUCACCAAGUAUGCUCAAAGUAUUUUCUAUACUAAAAUGAUUUUACACUUUUUUUUUAAUAGAUUUGCUAGCAAGAAUACUUUUGUAACUUUUUAUUUACAUGUAAACUGUAUAAUUUAUAUAAGCUAUAAAGUUUUAUAUUUUUUCAGCAGGAACCAUCAAAAUUAGCGUAACUGGCAAGAUGGAGAUUUCCAGAAGCAGACAGAAUUUUGAUACUCAGUUUUAAAAGAAAAUACACGUUCUGCAAGAUGAAAAAAGAACGUCAAAUAAGAAAACUUAACCAUGCACUUCAUUAUCUUAAAGCAUGAAUGCAGAAUGCUUUCAAGAGCGGGAUUUUUAAAAUGAGCCUUUUCCUGACUUACGUUUUUACUAGAAAUGUUAUUUAUUUAUAUCAUAUUCCCCUGUAGCAUGUUUAAUUCACUGCAUGAUGGAAUAUUGGCUGAUACGUAGUGCAAGUUAUGAUAUGUGUGAAAUAGGUAGGAACUAGUGUGAGCUAGCAGUGAUACAGAACCAAUACUAAUAGCUUGUCCUGGCUCCCAUCCUGAUUAUUCUUUGGCUGCAAGAAAUUGUCUCCAUAGAUUAUUUUGGGAACAUUUUGUUAUCAUUCCUUGUAGUAAUAAAAUAACAGCAUGGAACUGAAUCCACCCAAUGUAAGUAUGAUCAGAAGAAAAUGAUGGAGUUUAUUUACUUGGAAGAAAAAACUUUUUUCAGGUUGGGGUGUUAUUGUAAAAGAGAAUAAUUGAAAAAUACUUCUUUAUAACAGCAGUGGAGAUGUACCAUUCUUGCUGAAGCAUCAUUAGUUAAGAUUUUGAUGUCCAGACCUGGUCUUUGAGGUGAAAAAUUGGGGCUCAUUUCCUGGUGCCUUGGCCAAUGGGGAGGACAGUUAAUUUAAGAGCUGCGCAAAUGCUCCUGUGUAUAGAUAAGAUGAGAACAAGAGCACUUAUCUUAUGUUAAUGAUGGGGCUAACUGAAAUUUCUGGUUUGUGAGAGAAAGAUGUAUUCUUCAGAGUGGCAAAAAGCAUGGCCAUUAAGACUUCCAUUUGGGAUCUGGGAAACUUCAGUGAGUCCCUGGUUUUAAUCAGCUGUAUUUUUUAUUCAGACCAAGAACUUAAAUUAGGUCCUCUCAUGACCUACAUAGCUUCUUCAAGCAAGAGUGAUUCUUUUGCGUGGGGUAGUUCUGGAACGCAUCAAGGAGAUGAAACGAGCAAUGCUCUGACAAAUACUUAAUCCCCUGCAUGGGUCUGCUUUCUGAGGAGAGCUUGAGAGGAGUACGCUACAGCAGGCCUAUGAUACUCAGUUUUGGAUAUUAGCAUGGCCAAGAAAUUUAAUUAGAUCUCCCAAGCCCAGUACCCUCAACAUCAGAAUAUAGAAUAGUAUGACACAGGUCACUUGCAUACAUUUUCUCUCACUUUUGUUCAAAGCGCAUUGGGUUUUCUUUUGUGGGAAAGGGCGAAAAUAAAAACAAGCAAGUAGGUUUGUGAAAUGGGAAAGAAUUUUCUUCCCCCUCUAUUUUUGAUGGGGACACGGGGAUUUCUCUUCUAGCAGAAGACCUUGUUGCACAAUUUAUGAUACUGUCUGGCUCCUGCACCAAAGAUAUUUACCUGCCCUUUCAGACCCAGAAGUAGAUUUUUAAAUGUGAAAAGUGUUUGUUUUUCGUUUGUUCCUCCCCACCCCCAGUAUUUUUUCUUGGUGGUUGGAUGUACCGCUCCUGUCCCUUCAUUCCUAACCACCCAGUCUUAACAAUAUAGAUUUGUUCCAUCCAGUCUUAACAAUACAGAGUUGUUCCAUUCAGUCUUAACAAUACAGAGUUGUUUUCUUUUCUUGAUGUAUGUAGCUGAUAGAGAUUCCAAGUCAUGGACUCUAUUAGAAAUAAUUGAUCUUGAAGGUUAAAAUGGAAUUUUAAAAUGUGCAUGAUAAAAGAAAUUGCAUUUCAUUUAUGCUUACACAAAAAUAAUAAUUUGAUUUAUAGCAUUAUAUCCUAGAAAGAUUAUUCUACAUAGGCUGCAACUUGAAUCUAAUUAGGAAGUUCCUGUAUUAUACAAGUGCAUUCCACAUAGAGUAGUUUCUAUGUUAUCAGAUAAACAGCGUAUGUCAUGGACUAAGGAUCUAUUUAAGGUUUCAAGACACUGCAAGGUAAGCACUUUUAUAAUUCUAAAAUAAUUUUACUCUUCAUAUAUAGCGAAAUGGAAGAAUACUAAUACAUAUAUUUAAUUUUCAGUUUUGUUUUGAUUUCACCUUGAAGUAUUAGAAACUUCUCGAAGAGCCCUAUUUGAAACAAAAUUGUAACAACUUCAUUGAAGGGUAUCAAGGGUCACAUUUUACCUCCAGUUAAAUUUAUACAACUCCAGGGGAAGCAGCGGAGAACAGGAUUUCCCUCAUAAUUUGAAUCAACUAAACACCUGUUUUCUGGAGAAAGAAAAAAUCAUAAGGAAUUGGAUACUACCUCAGAUAUGAUAUUAAUAUGUCUUCAUGUAGCAACUGAUGGAGGAAACUAACAACUUUUCUUCUGUACUUGUGCACAUCUACAUAUCUGAAAUUAGAAACUGUCCCUAACAGACAUCGAUCCAUGGCUCUGUAUUUAGAAGCUAUUGACACAGUUGUUCAACCUGUUUACUUGCUCAAAUAUAAAAUGGUCUCUUAAAUUGCCAAAACAGAUUGUAGAGAAAAUUGGCGGGAGAAGAUGUUAACAACAAGGCCUGGAGCUCCAUUUGUAGGAUUCACAGCAUACAGCCUGCAGAUACUCGUCUCUAAGGGCUUUUUUCCCUUUACUGAAUUCAAGUGAAGGAGAAGAAGAGCAUGAAAUGGAACAAGAAAAAUUGACAACAUCAUCAAUGUCUACAUUUCACAAAACCAACUGUGGCACAUCAAUGAAAAGACUGGGUGAAAAGUUAAGAAUACAUAUCACAGUGGUCUCCUGAAAGAAAAUUCAUGAUUUCAGGAUUGGUUUCUUUUACGUUUAACUUUUGCUUUAAGAAUAUAACAGAGCUAGGAUUUGCAUUCUCCACAUUUGCUGCUGGAUAUUGGGCUACUGCAUAUUGGAUCAAGCUGAAAUAUCUGAAACAGGAAUAGGGAAUUUCUCCCUUCUGUGCCAUCAAUGCCUUGACAGUCUGCUUGCUACAGAUUUUGGGAAAAGAAACUAGAAAACUAUAUGCAAAAUACUAUAGAAAACAUUACCGUGAAUGCAUUGUCAAACACUCGUAAGCUCAGAUUUAAAUCAAGGCAAAUAAUGCAUAUUCCAACAUCUAACAGCUAACAGCGGAACAUUGUUCCAUUCCAAAUUACUUUUUCCCAUGGAUGGAGAAGGUAUGAAUAGACUUCCAUACCAAAACAAUCACUGUGAAACUAUAUCCAUCGACAUAAGGAUAUCUUUCAGUUUCUUUCAGCUGGAGUUAGUGACUUCAUACUGAAAAAGGAUCUGAGGGAGGAUGAAAAUGAGGAUGGGGAAGAAGAAGAAAAGGUCUUCCCCAAGCCUGUUAUUGAGGACAGAAAUAUGGAACUGGCCCGAAAAUGCAGUGAAAUAAUAAGUGAUAUACACUAUAAAGAAGAGUUUAAAAAAUCUAAAGGCAAGUGCAUAUUUGUACCUGACACCCCGCAGCUAAAACAUGUGAAAAGUCUUGGUGCUUUUAUUUCUGAGGUGAAGUAUAAAGGAGCUGCUAAAAAAGACCUUUCCAACUCUCUUUAUCAGCAGAUGCCAGCCACAAUUGACAGUGUAUUUGCAAAGGAAUUAAUGCAACUUCAGAGCAAGGUUCUCUAUAAACAAAAGCAUGAUGCUGAGAAAGGAACUUCAGAUUAUGCACAUAUGAAGGAGCCUCCAGAUAUUAAGCAUGCUAUGGAAGUCAAUAAAUACCAGAGUGAUGUAUCCUAUAAGAAGGAUGUGCAAGAUACUCAUAGAUACACUGAAGUGCUGAACAGGCCAGACAUAAAGAUGGCAACUGAGAUAACAAAGAUAAUAAGCGAUGCUGAGUACAGGAAAGGAAGGGGAGAGAUGAAUAAGGAGCCUACUGUACUUGGAAGAUCAGAUUUUGAACAUGCUAAAGGAGUUUCAAAACUGUUAAGCCAAGUGAAAUACAAAGAGCAGUUCACUAAGGAAAUGAAGAGCCAUCAGUACAAUCCUCUGGACAGUGCUUCCUUCAAGCAAGCACAGAUUGCAUCCACCUUGGCAAGUGAUGUGAAUUACAAGAAAGAUUUGGAAAGCCUACGUGAUCCAGCUUCUGAUCUGCCAAACCUGCUAUAUUUAAACCAUGCUUUAAAUAUCAGCAAAACGCAUAGCAAUAUCAAGUACAAAGAGAAUUAUGAAAAAUCUAAAGGCAGAUCAAUGCUGGAGUUUGUGGAUACACCGAUGUAUCAAGUUUCAAAGGAAGCUCAAAAGAUGCAAAGUGAGAAAAUGUAUCGCAAAGAUUUUGAAGAAGGGAUCAAAGGAAAACCCUCAAUGGAUUUAGACAAGACCCCAGAGUUCUUGCAUAUAAAACAAGUCACUAACUUUCUGAAAGAGAAAGAGUACAGAAAAGAUUUGGAAGAAGGGAUGAAAGGAAAAGGAAUGACAGUGUUUGAAGAUACACCAGAUUUGAUUAGAGUGAAAAAUGCAGCUCAGAUACUAAAUGAGAAACAAUACAAGAAAGACCUGGAAACAGAAAUUAAAGGGAAGGGCAUGGAUGUUGGUCCAGAUACUCCUGAGAUAAGACGAGCCAAGAAAGCUUCUGAAAUUGCAAGCAUGAAAGAAUACAAGAAAGACUUGGAGAAUGAAAUUAAAGGAAAGGGAAUGGGAGUGGGCACGGAUACCCCUGAUCUACAACGAGCCAAAAAAGCUUCUGAAAUAGUAAGCCAGAAAGAAUAUAAAAAGGAUCUGGAGACUGAAAUUAUAGGAAAAGGAAUGCAAAUUGGCCCAUAUACUCCUGAAAUACAACGGGUCAAAAGGGCUUCAGAAAUAGCAAGCCAGAAAAUGUACAAAGAUGAAGCAGAGAAGAUGCUGUGUAACUAUUCUGCUGUCCCAGACACUCCAGAAAUGGAGAGGAUAAAAAGUACUCAGAAAAACAUCAGUUCAGUGUUUUAUAAGAAGGAAGUAGGAGCUGGCACAGCCGUAAAAGAGACUCCAGAGAUUGAAAGAGUAAAGAAAAAUCAACAGAAUAUUAGUUCGGUUAAAUACAAGGAAGAACUUCGGCAUGCAACAACUAUUUCUGAUCCACCUGAACUGAGGAGAGUUAAAGAAAACCAGAAGAACAUUAGCAAUGUUCAGUACAAAGAACAGCUCUGCAGAGCUACACCUGUGAGUGUCACCCCUGAGAUGGAAAGAGUCAAGAGGAAUCAAGAGAAUGUCAGCAUGGUUCACUACAGAGAGCAGCCUGGCAAAGCUACUGCUGUGAGUGUCACUCCGGAGAUAGAGAGAGUCAAGAAGAAUCAAGACAAUAUCAGCUCGGUAAAAUAUCAUGAAGAUUUUGAGAAGACAAAGGGUAGAGGCUUCACCCCAGUGGUAGAUGAUCCUAUAACAGAGCGUGUGCGGAAAAACACCCAAAUUGUGAGUGAUGCAGCAUAUAAAGGUGUGCAUCCACAUAUUGUUGAAAUGGAUAGAAGACCUGGAAUAAUUGUUGCCCCUGUUCUCCCUGGGGCAUAUCAGCAAAGCCAGACCCAAGGAUAUGGAUACAUGCACCAGACCAGUAUGUCAUCCAUGAGGUCCAUGCAUUCACAGCCUCAUUCAGCAAGCCUCAGAACCUACAGAGCUAUGUAUGACUACAGCGCUCAAGAUGAAGAUGAAGUUUCCUUCAGGGAUGGUGAUUAUAUCAUCAAUGUGCAACCAAUUGAUGAUGGCUGGAUGUAUGGUACUGUUCAGAGAACUGGGAAAACAGGAAUGCUUCCAGCAAAUUAUAUUGAGUUUGUUAACUGAUUUUUGUCUCUAUUCCUUUGAGCUUUAUUAUGAUUUACUCAAAAUCUGACCUUUUAGAAAAAAUCAGAAGAAUCUUUUAAGAAUACAUGUUCAUUACUUUAUCACUGCUGUAACAGUCUGCAUUCUCACUCAGAAUCCAAAUUAGAGCCCUUUAAAGUAAAGAUAAAUAAUCAACAAGAAGCUUAGAGCUUUCAACACAGCAUUGCUUAUAAUAGUGCUGCCUCAAAAUGAAAAACAUGUAUGGAAGCCUGGUGCUGCCAGUCCUAUAAAGAUUUCAGUCAAUUAGCUGUAAAGGGGAAAGAAACUUUUCCCUACACCUGAAAGACAUUAUUCUCUUAAUAAUAACAACCAUAAAAUAGAUUCACUUCUUAUGGCACUCUGAAGUCACAGGAGGUUAACGCACUGAGUUUGAACACAUCUUCAAAUUAUUAGGGAGUUGUUUAAUGUUUGAACAGUUAGCAUCCUAAUAAAAAUAAAAAUGUUGAGUAGAUAACAAUUUGAAAUAAUGACGAGUAAUAUGCUAGUAAAAACAAAAAGCAAAUAAAAAACGCUACUGCCCAACAGCCUUACAGUAAAAUGGUCUAUUUUGACAGCAGAAAUUUUCCACAUUUAUUCCUGGAUUACAUAUUUUCUCUUAUUUCCAACAGUGACCUCUUCUAUCAGCUUUGCUUGCAUCCCAGUCCAUCAGUUAGCUCCAUGCCUGGAUUCAUGGUUCUUCAGUAACUUUUCCACAUAAAAUUCCUUGCAAAGACUAUCUAGAGUAUGAAACCUGUAAACUCUUCUGUUUUGUUCUAAUAAUACUUAGCAUUUAAAUAGAAACUUCCAUUAAGGCAAUGUACAACCAAUACUUCAUGUUAAUUCCUUUACCUUCACCUGUACUGCUGUAAAUAAAUAUCCUGUGUGAGGCCCCAGUGAUGUGCAGUCACACAAAGCCUGCAGUUACAUCCCUCCUCCUUACCACAGGUAACUCGCUUAAUGGCUGCUUUGCUGAUGAGCUAAUGUACCUAUCCCUGCUGCAGAAAUACUUGCACCUCCAUUGAGUCAUGGAGGAGAGCUCUGUUUAGUUGUACUGCAUUUCAGCUCAAUGGCCUGUUGCUUCAGUUUCCUUCAAAAAUCUUGGUGAUCCAACAGUGGGUUGUACACUUGCCAAAUGAUCAAUGAUGGAGAAAUAUUAUGUUUUCUUUUACUGAUUUAAUCUUUCUCAGAACUGACAUCGAAGGGAAAACUAACCAAAAGGAAGUCCAACGUAUUCUUAUGCCGUGGUGCUUCAGUUUAGUUGUCUGUAGGAAACACUAAAAAUAUUUUGCUGACAAACCUUCACAUACGCUAUUUAGUAUCCAUUAACUUAUGAUCUGAACUGAGACAUCCAGGCCUCAGUCUGUGAGGCUGAGGAGAGGAUCAAAUAACUGGUGACAUGAUGGACCUGUAAGAGGGAAUGUGUCAUCAAGUAUGUGUCACAGGAAAGUUGCUUUUGCUUUGGCUGGAUCCUAGGAGGGUGCCACAUUCCCUCCCAGGGAGAAACUCUGCAAGGAAGGAGAAAGGAGUUAAAGAUUCAUGUGGUGUUCAGCCACAUGCUAGGGAAGUUAAUUUUGGAGUAGUUCUCAGAAUGUUGAGCCUGCUCUGAAAUUUUUAAAGUAGAAUUAAAUACAGAGUUCAUAGGCAAUUUUGUAUUUCUGGUUUCACAAAGUAAGCAAGCCUGCAGCAUCUAUUUAAAGGAGAAGGAAGUCGUAUGUAUUUGUUAUGUCAACAGAAAGUUAUCAAUGCAAAUACCUGCUAGUUCUAUUUUUGCAUACUAUUAGGAAUUGGAAAGCUUAUGCAAUUUUUUUUAGGUGUUGCUAACAUGGGGCUGAUCCCAGCUGCCAUAUAGAGUGGAAUGACUGCAUAAAAAAAAAAGUCCAUGACCGUGGAAUCAUCUGUAUGUUCUUGUCAUCUGCCUAAUUUCAAGGCUAAUGCUGACCAGGAGCAUCUAACUUCAAAAAAAUGUGGUUCAAAACCAGGGAUGUGAUAUUGUAAAUAUUCAGUCUGUAUGGGUGUAGUUUAAAAUUCUUGGAAGUUUUGUAUAUAGAGCUGCUGCUGCAACAGACCCUUCUGCAUUACUGGUGACUUCCGUGUCAAACCAGCAAGCUCUUUCAAAAGGCUGCUUCUGUGUUGGUUUUCAUCACUAGCUAUCAACAGCAAGUAGAGGAAUCCAUUUUACAAUGGCUGGCAAAUUUUCUGAUGAUGCCGGAGGCAAAAUUUACCAUCAAUUGCUGCUGUGCUGCUCCAUUAGCUGUGUAAUGCUGACAACAAUAAAAAGAAAUUGGCAGUUUGUUAACCAAAUAUGAAUAAAAAGAGAUAUAGGUAAUAGAUAUAUUGCAUCAAAUGCCAUUUUUAGUGACCUUUUAAAAAGAAAGUCUCCACCUAUAAAGAUAGUAGCAUUCUUCCUAAGUGAGGAGGUGGCUUGCAGUGUUAAACACUGUAUGUAUAGUGAAAAGUAAAUCAGAAAAUGAGCAUUUGAUGUCAUUAGAUGACUAUGUUAUGUUAAACAAUAGAAAUAGAAUUUCCUCCAUUAAUUUUGAACAUUCAUUACCCUGGCAAAGCAGCUGAAGCAAUUUGCGAAAUAAAAAAGGUCAGGAAAACAAAACAGUGUGAACUGUAUUUCUCUUGAGAAUGGUAUGUCAGCAGAAUUAUUAAGAUUGUUUUAAGUUAGUUACUCAUUCGUGUAGUCAGGUUUUUAUCUUGUAUAUGCUUCGUAGUUUGUGUUCAUAUGGAAUGGUUCCUGCUUUUUGUUGUAAACCAAACUUUAGUGUCAUUAUGCAGUUUUGUUCUAAGCAAUGCAAUCAAAACCCCAAAAUUAUCAGAGUGCAAUUAUAAAACUGUUUUUUAAGAUCUAAAAUUUGUAAGGUAGGGAAAGUAAGUCAGCAAGUAAAUUGUGCCAACACUGGUUUUACAAGGCAUAUGUUGGAGCCUGUUACAUGCAGUGGGAUAUAGGGGUAAGCAGAUGUUAUAUUCUGUCUUGUCACCUUUAAAGUGUAUAUUCCUUUUUAACACAGCAUGUUCCAUUCACUGUACUUUCUUCCUGUAGACAAUAUUUUCUUCUGGGGAAAGGGAAAGACUUUUAAGGAGCCGAAUUUCCAAGAUUUUCCAAAGUUCAGGUUGGAAGUUCACACAUUCCCAUUUUAAGCAUUUUAGAAAUAAAGAAGAUAGAGUGUGCUGUAAUUCUGGGUAACAUAAGUGUAAGUAUAGAAAACAACAUAGAGCAUAUUCAUACAUAUGUACCAGAACAAAUGGGUGCCUUGCUUUUCAUUACUCUUUCUCGCCUGGCUAAUCUUCAUUUUCUAAACAAAGCUACUUACAGAUACUGCAGUUGUAAUUUUUCAUUAUGGAACAUUAGCAUUUAAUCUUGAUGAAACAGGGUUUUCUUGAUUACAUUUGACAUACCAUAAACCACUUCAGCAGAUUGGGAUUUGACAGAGAAUCACCUCCCAUGGAUUAUAUUUUUGACAAAUGCGUCCCUACUGAGUGUUCCUCAGGGAUAUGGAAGGUCUCCAAUACUUUGGAAAGGUAAUAAUUCUAGUUUUUAUUGUACAGUGACUGCAUGUCAUCUUGUACAAUGAAAAAGAAACGACAAAUACAGAAAUCUUUAGCAGAAAGUAUACAGGGUAUAAAAUGUUAGAUUUUAAUUAUGUUGAUUAGUACUCCUUUUAAAAUACAGAGUAUGCUUUAGUUAGUAAAUGUUUAAAUAACAUACUGAAACAGACAAAAGAUGCUGUUGAAAGUAGUUCUCCAAACUGAUGUGCUGGCAAAUGCAAAGUACUGGUAAGCUGUAGAAGAAUAAAUCAUUUUGCAAUGCUUUAGUGAUUUUCUCCAGCUUUAUGCCAUAGAAACCCCAUUUCUCCUUUUGAAAGAAAACCUGAAAGCUAUAUUUCCUAAACUGCCUGCACUACAACAGUAUAUUCAAAUGAAUUUCAUAUGCUUCUUGUGUCUGCUAAAUAGAAUUUGCAUAUUGUACUUAAGUUGUAAUCCAGUUGUUGUUGACAUUUGUUCAAUUAUUAUUUUAGGGGGGAAAAUAAGCUAUACUGUAGCAUUUCAAUCAUGUGUAUUUAAUAUUACUAUUAGAAAUUGCUAGACCAUUGGAAGACAGCAAUGACUGUAUUGACAUUGAUUAGCAUGAUGUGGAAACUCAGCUGUUGGUUUUUGCAGUGUGGUAUAAAAAGCAAAAAUGAACCGCUGUGCAGUUUGGCUUAUGUUUGCUUUCAAGUGUGUAAAGUUUUAGUUAUUUUGCAAAAUUGUUCUGUACUUGGGAGUAUACAGUUAUGAAGGUAACAAUUGUUUUUCAAAGGACAGAUAUACUUACUCUUGGAUCAUAUGAUGUAUCAUCUUAAUUUGGCUUUUGUUAUGCAGAAAGUUAACACCAGCUAUUAAAAUAUAUUUUAGUAGAAAUGCUUUAAUUCCUGUUUCUUCCUCUACACUGUGAAUAUUUGAGCCUUGGUGGACUAGAGCAACAUCAUGCUGCCCAAAGUACUAACCUAUGCAAACUAGUUCACAUUUUAGUUGAUGUCACAGUGGAUGUAACAUAACAAUUUAUUUUGCAUAACAUUAAACAUCAUUCAAAUAAAAUAUUAAACUCA